GUCCUCCGGUCCCCCGAUCCGGCCGUCCUCCGGUCCGUUCCGCUCCGGCUGCCGCUCCCUGCUGCGGGCUGGGGCGGUUGCGGGUCCGCGCUCGGGGGAGCGGCGGAGGCGGCGGAGGCCAUGCGGGGUCCCGGCUGGGGCGCAGGGUCCCCGGGCCCGCCCCGCCCCGCGCCGCCGGCCCCAUGAAGAGCCCCCGGGACCACCACUCAGCCGCGGGGGCAGCAAACACAGGUGACUAUGUCCAGCUCAAAGUGCCAGUCAUUCAGCAGUUGUACCAUUGGGACUGUGGCUUGGCCUGCUCCAGGAUGGUACUACAGUACCUGGAUCAUCUGGAUGACGACGAUUUUGAGAGAGCCUUGCAGGAGCUCCAGUUGACAAAGAGUAUAUGGACCAUCGACUUGGCCUACCUCAUGCGGCACUUCGGGGUGAAGCACCGGUUCUGCACGCAGACGCUCGGAGUGGACAAGGGCUACAAGAACCAGUCAUUCUACAGGAAACACUUCGACACUGAAGAAAAUCGGGUCAACCAGCUGUUUGCACAAGCAAAAUCCUGCAAGGUGCUGGUGGAGAAGUGCACCGUCACCAUCCAGGAUAUCCAGGAGCACCUCUCCCAAGGUCACAUAGCCAUCGUCCUGGUCAACGCCGUCCUGCUCUUGUGUGACCUGUGCUCGAGCCCCGUCAAAUACUGCUGCUUCCUCCCCAUCGGCCAGAAGUGCUUCUGCCGGAAUCCUGACUACCAAGGCCAUUUCAUCGUGUUGUGCGGCUACAACAAAGCCUCAGGGAGCAUCUUCUAUAACAACCCUGCCUAUGCCGACAGAAUGUGUAGUACCAGUGUCACUAAUUUUGAGGAAGCCAGGACCAGCUACGGCACAGACGAGGACAUCCUCUUUGUCUACACAGACAGCUGACAGCCAAGCCCAAUUGGUGCUUCCAGUCACUUGGGACUCUGCCUUCCAGCAGGGCCCGCGGGGCUACUUGUCUCAGGACUUCUCCAGCAGGGGCUGCGGGAGAUACCGACUGCAGUGGGAUUUUACACAAGGGACGCUUUAUUUUACUUGACAUUAAAACGCUUAGCACAAGGGCGUGCCCACCUCAAGAACUCGCUAAGUACCGUCGAUCGACUGACGUUCAGAGAGAGCCGCAGCGCCGUCUACAAUCCUUUACUCCUGACUAGGUAUCUCAUGUGGCCAUACAGCUGCCCGGUUUUAAAAGUGGACACUGCGCAUUGCCGUUUGAAAGAACAGUCGGUUGUCGGAGCGUGCUAUCUCCCUCCAUUGGGUAUGACUUCGCUUCUGUAAAGGGUCCCGAACCCAAACGAGCACAUGAACUUCGUUGGUUGCCAGAGAGCUUGGCCCGGAUUGAAUUAAGGGAAAGGAAAAAUUCCCCAAAGCUGAUCUCGGCUUCGGAUCUCAGGAUAUGCGUUUCAAAGAGAGAAAUCCAGAGGACCUGGAGCUUUUUUUGUUUUUGAAGGAAUGUGUUGGAUUGGCAGCUGCUUAUGUAACUGAUUCAUCCAGUGGCAGGUGCCACAAAGCCUUCAGUGCACAAUGCCUUCUACCCCACAGCACCGUCCCCCGUGUCGACUCACCUGUACUGGCCACACCAGGCCGACGUGGCUGCUGGAGCUGGAAGCACCGUUGGAUGUCCUGUUGUUAAUCCAGUGCUGAUGCUCGCGCUCCUUUUCGCUGGAAGGGCUAUAGAAUCCUUUCGCCACCCCCCACCCCUGAAUGUUCAAGCGCUUGCCUCAUCUUUCUCAUCCAGUGGCCUUGAAUUUGACUUUUUAAGAAACAGCAAGAGGGUGAAGUCCCAGUAGGAGGACUCAGGAACUCUGGCUCGCUGGGGUGAGAGAGCACGGACCGCCGCUUCUGCCCUUCCCAAAGACUUGGGAUUUUCCUUCUGUCGGAAGCCAAGAUUUGAUCCGGGGAUGCCAACGGGGCAAAAAUCGUGCCCCUGCUGUGUCAGUGAGGUGGCACUCCAGGAUUUGCCAGGUCUCCGUAGCUAACGAAUAGGGCAAGUUUAUGUCUGAGCUGUGGGGAAGAAACACUUAAAACUCUAGAUCAUAACUGCCUAAGCAUUGAAGGCAACCGUCAAAACUCCAGGCUUGCCGAACUGUCUUAGGUGGAUUCUUAGAUUUUGAUGUACACAGAACGAAGACAUAAAUCCCAGGGGCCAGAGUCUUGAAGACAUCUGAGAACAACCUACCCUUCUGAGCAACCCCAAAUUACUUAAAGGCAAUAAUAGCCCAGGGAAGUCAUGCUUUUAAGAUUCAGGUAGAAUGCUGAUGCUACGGUUACACUUCUUUCCAAAAUUCUCUUUUGGAUUAUUUUUCACUUCCACGGGUCAUUUAGUUCUGCAGUCAGGCUUUUGGAGGGUUGCGGGGGGAAAUAAAUUAGUUACUGAACAUUGACCAAGUUUUCAAAGGCACAGCAACAAGAACUUUAAACCUGAAACUGCCUCUUGGAGCUACGGAGUAGGAUUUCUAAACCAGCAAUUCCGCUGUGUGUUGUUCUAUCUGAGGUACUGCGGUUGGAGGAGUCCCUAAGUGGACACAUUGCUGGUGUAUAGCUGUGCUGAAAAAGAAAUCAGGCAAACCAUACGCCAGCAUCUAGGAGGGGGAAAAAAUGGCAGAAUCGAAUGGGGCAAUUCAAGGUCACCACAAAAACAUUUUCAAGUGAUCUUAUCUGUGUCUUGGUAGUAGGACGUGGGUUUCUGAGGUCCGAAGAGUGGUGGGAGCUGAGUCGAAGAGGAAUUGCCUUCCUUAAUGGCAUUUCCUCCCUUCAGACACGGCACAGACAGAGCCGGAAGAACAGGCUGGAUGGAUUGAGACCAUCUCGGGACAGAUGGGACUUAAUGAACAUUGGAGAGGAGGAAGGGCGAUUGGAUCGACAGAGUUUUAAGACCAAAAAUAGCGACUCGUGCGGUUAUUUUUACUCAACCCCAGAAACGGCAUUGGCCUCCAGGGAGAUCUUAUGUAGAAUCAUCAUCUUAUUAGCUGUAGCUAAUAGGGGACUUUGAAUCCUGUUGUUAAUGCAGUGCUGAUGCUUCCCUUCUAAGGCUGGGGUGCCAAAAGAUCUCUUGGGAAACAUUCUACAGUAGACGAUAGUGUGCAAGUCAGUUAGAAAAAGGCUGCUUUUUGCUCAAAUCCUAAUGAAAACAGUUGUUGCAAAGGGAUUAGAAUACCCAAACUAAAGUAAGACUGGAAUUCGGGAGGAGAAAACCUGUGCCGGUUAAAAUGGAAGCCAGGGCCGAUAAGACUAUCCACGUAUAGUGGAACUGUGCUUUGAGACUACGUGUGAGUGGGGCAGCCGGCUGAUAAUUGUAGGAGGCUUAAGCAUUUUACAGUGAUGACAAUAAUCUAAAUAUGAAAAGCAGGAUCAGCUUUCAAGCCUCAGAGUGGGUUAGUCCAUCCCAAGAAGAAGCCUCUUCUGGAACGAGAAACGUUAACCACCAAAUGGAGGUCGAUCCUGAGGAAGGUAUGAGGAAAGGGGCCAGAAAUAAUGCCAUUUUUGUUGAGCCGGCAGGUAGGUAAAUCAAGAACAUUGAGAAUCUUUUCAUCACUGUCCUCCACUUAGCAUUUGAAAUCAUUAUUUCCGAAAACAAUCAUUAUUCACCAUAUGUCCAAGUGCAAAACAUACGGGAAUGUUUCUGAAGCUUUGUAAAGUACUUGGUUUUAUUCACUCUGUCCAUAGGAAAGAAAGGGAUAUUUUACACAGAGAAAUUUUAUACAUAAAUAUAUUUUGUUUGUAAUAAACCACUCUCAAUAAACAUCAUUGUUAUCUCUAGAAAA